ACCCUCCUGUCUGUGGACAGAGCCGGUCAUGGCAGAGGAGAUAUGGGUGGGCACCUGGAGGCCCCAUCGCCCCCGAGGGCCCAUCAUGGCUCUCUACAGCAGCCCUGGACCCAAGUACCUGAUCCCACCUACCACGGGCUUUGUGAAGCACACGCCCACCAAGCUGCGAGCACCUGCCUACAGCUUCCGUGGGGCCCCCAUGCUCCUAGCAGAGAACUGCUCCCCAGGGCCUCGCUACAAUGUGAACCCCAAGAUACUGAGAACAGGCAAGGACCUCGGCCCCGCCUUCUCCAUCCUGGGGCGCUACAGCACCAAGACCAUGCUGACCCCUGGCCCUGGCGAAUACUUUCCAGAGAAAUCCACCAGGCAUGUGUUCGACUCAGCACCUAGCCACUCCAUUUCUGCCCGGACCAAGACCUUCCGAGUGGACAGCACCCCAGGCCCCGCCGCCUACAUGCUGCCGGGGGUGCUGGGGCCCCACACGGUGGGCAAGGCAUCCCAGCCUUCCUUCUCUAUCAAGGGCCGCAGCCAGCUGGGCAGCUUCGCUGACGACCAGCACAAGACCCCAGGUCCCGCAGCCUACCGUCAGACCGACAUGCAGGUGACCAAGUUCAAGGCUCCACAGUACACCAUGGCUGCCCGAGUGGAGCCCCCGGGGGACAAGACCCUCAAGCCAGGACCAGGAGCCCACAGCCCUGAGAAGGUGACAAUGACCAAGCCCUGCGCCCCCAUCGUCACCUUUGGCAUCAAACAUUCCGACUAUAUGACGCCCUUGGUUGUGGACGUGGAAUAGCCCUGCUCCCCAUCCGACCUGUCA